AAGAAGUGAGACGGCAGAAAUUUUUUUUAAUUUUGUUUAUAACUGAAAAUAAUUGAAUUUUUUCAAUUUGUUCAACUGAAUAGAAUCAUUUUCUGUUUUUUUUCUUGAAUUAGAAAUCGUAUAUUUUUAUUCAUAAAAAUGCUUAUUAAAGUUAAGACUUUGACCGGCAAAGAGAUCGAAAUCGAUAUCGAACCGACCGAUAAAGUAGAACGAAUCAAAGAACGUGUUGAAGAAAAAGAAGGAAUACCGCCAGCUCAACAGCGGCUUAUUUUUAGUGGAAAACAAAUGAAUGAUGAUCGAACCGCAAGUGAUUACAAAGUAACUGGUGGUUCUGUAUUGCAUUUAGUUUUGGCACUUCGUGGUGGCUGUCAAUUUUUUGCAUCAUGAAAACUCGAUAUAAAAAAAAUCAUAAUUCAUUUUGCUAAAUUGAGAAAAUUUUCUCACUAAAUCAUGACUUACGAGUGUGUUGUUAUUGUCAUUAAUUUUAAGUUAAAAAUUCAUUAUUCAAUGUAAAAAAUGAAUAAAAUUGAGAU